AAAUCACACAAAUCCCCUAGAAGUUACCAAGUGAUCGUGUCCUUAAAUUUCUAAAGUGUUUACGUUUUGAUUAUCAAAAUCGAUUUAUAACAAAAUUUGGCGUGAAAUAAUGUAAAAUGCGGUUAUUUUUUGUGUUUGUUGUGUAUUUUACGGUCAGUGAAGGACGUGUUAUAACAUUUGAUUUGUCAAAUUAUGAGCCCCAAAAUGUUACAACACAGGUACAAAAAGUGCACGUAAAUUUGACCCGUGUUUCCCAAAUUCGGGUCAUUAAUAUACCUGAGAGUGUCGGUUUUUUUAUAAUCCAAGUCCACUCAUUUCUUGAUAACGUAACCUUAUCUUCUUCACCCAAGUUUAAAUCAAAAACAACAAUAAAAGGGCCUAAUGUGGGUUUAGUUUCUUUUAAUUUAAGCGACACGAUAUUUUAUGUUAGGAAUAAAAUCGAAACUCGGGCUUUAAUCGUUGUAACCAUUUAUCAAACAGGAGAUCCGAUUCCUGGGGGCUGCAACUUAUCAUUUCCGACCGAGUAUGCACCCUACCAACUCGUCUCAAACACUGAUGAAGUUAUUGUUGUCCAAAGUCAACCCCCUUCAAUAAUCGAUUCCACUUGCGAUAAAAACAAGUUACAAGUCGAUAUGUACCACUUGUAUCUACACGAAAACAACUACGAUCCUUUAUAUUAUUUUAACGGAAUUGAAAAAAUGUUAACUGUUAAUUUGAUUCAAAAAAACGGUCAUAAAGUAUCAACAGUUGAUGGCUACUUUAAAUACCGUAAAUUAUACUCGGCUUACAGAGGCGUGGGUCAAGUAUUUGCAAUCGUAGCCACAAACGGUAACGUUAGCUCGGCAUACGUACCGGCAGUUUCCUAUAGUUGCGAUUUAACCCAAAUGGAUACAUGCAACGGCCCUGUGACCCCUCAUUGGAAAUUAAUUUGUGCCAUUAUGACCAUUUUUGGGAUAUUUGUGUGUUUUUUCGGGCACAGAUUUUUCAGACUCACUCUGUAUUUAGCUGGUUUCACACUAGGAAUUUUUGUAACUUAUGUUAUUUUGUCAUUGAGUAGCAACAAUUUGACAGUGGAAGAAAAAACGACCGCUUCGAUUCUUGUGGGGAUGAUAUACGGGGCGGUUUGGUUACUCGUUUGGUGGAAAUUUGGAAUUCCGAUUUUCUCUGCCGGUUUAACGUUUUUCAUGGAGGCAUUUUUAAUGGCGUCUAUUAUUUUUUAUUCAGGAGUUGCGGACUUGUGGAUUUUUCAUAAUAAUGCCAAUUUCUGGUUGACUUUCGCUUCAAUUGUCGUAACUUUUGUCACGGUUUGGACGAUGUGGACUUUAGAGGGGCACAUUUUCGGGUGUAGCUUUUUAGGGGCGUAUUCCUGCGUUGCUGCUAUGAAUUAUUACGUCGGUGGCAAUUUGCAAUAUAUUAUUAUAAAUUCGUUCAGGAGAAUGGCUGUCAAGAAUUUUAAUAUGGCGACAGUCGAUCCGCCGUUUCAAAUUUUGGAUAUUUCGCAGAGUAUUUUGUUGGUGGUGAUGACCACUUACGGCUUUUAUUACCAGAUGAAAGAACAAAGGGGGAAGCCGCCGUUCCCUCCACAUCGGUAUACAAGAAUUGAAGAAGGGGUGAGCGAGAGAACUCCCUUGGUGGGAAAUAGUGGGGUUAUUUAUUCAGAUAUUUAAACCAGUGAUACUUUAUUGAGUCUGCGGUGCUUUAUUAAGACUCUCUUUUAUUGUCAGACUGAUGUAAUUAUUUUUAAUAAAAGACUUUUACCACCUUA